CGGCGCUGACACCUCCCACCAUGGACAGCUUCGACUUAGCCUUGCUCCAGGAAUGGGACCUCGAGUCGCUGUGGGGUGAAGACAUCUUAAACCAGAGGAAUGACUCUCUAGUUGUGGAAUUUCAAUCAUCAGCCAGCCGAUGCAGGAGUGUCUAUGAACCAGAUAGAAAUGUGUUACGGAGGAAAGAGCGAGAAAGAAGAAAUCAGGAAACUCAGCAGGAUGAUGGCACAUUUAAUUCGAGUUACUCCCUCUUCAGUGAACCCUACAAGACGAACAAGGGGGAUGAGCUCUCCAACCGGAUCCAGAAUACUUUAGGCAAUUACGAUGAAAUGAAAGACUUUUUAACUGAUAGGUCUAAUCAGAGUCAUCUCGUUGGCGUUCCCAAACCUGGGGUUCCUCAGGCUCCUGUGAACAAGAUCGAUGAACAUUUUGUUGCAGAUUCAAGAGCCCAGACCCAGCCCUCGUCUGUCUGUAGCACUGCUUCUUCCACACCAGCCGCUGUCCCCGCACAGCAGAGUAAGAGGGGCACCAUGGGCUGGCAGAAGGCUGGGCACCCGCCAUCGGAUGGCCAACAGAGAGCAACACACCAAGGCUCUCUCAGGACCUUGCUUGGAGAUGGUGUUGGCAGACAGCAGCCACGAGCCAAACAAGUGUGCAAUGUAGAGGUGGGUCUUCAGACCCAGGAAAGGCCACCUGCUAUGGCAGCCAAGCACAGCGGCAGCGGACACUGUGUUCAGAACUUUCCUCCAUCCCUGGCUUCAAAACCCAGCCUGGUCCAGCAGAAACCAACUGCAUACGUGCGGCCGAUGGACGGCCAAGAUCAGGCUCCUGAUGAGUCUCCAAAGCUUAAGUCAUCCACAGAAACCAGUGUGCACUGCACGUCAUACAGGGGAGUCCCGGCCACCAAGCCAGAGUCCGCCAGAGCCAAGGCCAAGCUUUCCAAGUUCAGCAUCCCCAAACAAGAGGAGAGUAGAUCUGGAGACACAAACAGCUGUGUUGAAGAAAUAAUUCGGCUCCAUUCCUGGCUCCACUUCGACCUCAGCAGUUCUGGAGAAAUGCUAUGUUCGGUACCACUGCUCACACCUCCACUCUCCGGAGACCAGCCCUCUACCAAAUACUGCUUUCCUAAACAAUUUCAGUUUCUGAUGAUAAAUCAGGAAAGGCGCACCACUGCCUGUCUCUCCAGUUAUUAG